AUGUCUCCUGCUGUCAGAGGAACUAAACUCUGGUUGGAGGUAGAAGAUGGUGUCAAGAUUCGUUUAUUUGCAGUGCUAGCCACCAUCAACUUACAGUCACAAAACGAGCUGCAGUUUUUAACCACCUUUCUGCUGAGUGUCCAGGGCGUCCAGCCCAGCAUGGUGAUGGAGUGCUGGACGGGCUGGUUUGACUCGUGGGGCGGUCCCCACAGCAUCCUGGAUUCCACAGAGGCUUUGAAAACCGUGUCCGCCUUCAUCAGCGCUGGCUCAGCCAUCAACCUGUACACGCUCCACGGCGGCACCAACUUUGGCUUCAUCAAUGGAGCCGUGCACUUCCAGAACUACAAGUCCGAUGUCACCAGCUACGACUAUGACGCGGUGCUGACGGAGGCCUGGGAUUACACGGCCAAGUACACAGGGCUCCGGGAGUUCUUCGGCUCUGUCUCAGGGGCCCCGCUUCCUGUCCCACCUGGCCUUCCCAAGACUGCGUAUGAGCCAGUGAUGCCAGCUUUAUACCUGUCCCUGUGGGACGCCCUGCCCUACCUGGAGGAGCUGGUCACCUCGGAGAAGCCCUUCAACAUGGAGAACCUCCCGAUAAGUGGGGGAAACAGGCAGUCUUUUGGGUACACACUGUACGAGACCACCAUCACCUCUUCUGACAUCCUCAGUGCCGAUGUGCGGGACCAGGGACAGGUUGUUGUGAACACGGUCUCCAUGGGGUUCCUGGACUAUAAGAGCGAGAAGAUUGUCAUCCCCUUGAUCCAGGGGUUCACGAUGCUGAGGAUCUUGGUGGAGAAUCGCGGGCGAGUCAACUACGGGACUCAUAUUGACAACCAGCGCAAAGGUGGGUUUAAUCGGAAAUAGCUGAAUGAUUCUCCCCUGAAAAAGUUCAAAAUCUACAGCCUGGACAUGAAGAGCUUCUUCCAUAGGUUCCAUGCAGAGAAGUGGAACCCUGUCCCUGACGUGCCCGUGUUCCCUGCUUUCUUCUUGGGGCCGCUGUUGGUCUCCUUCCCCUGUGACACCUUUGUGAAGCUGGAGCUCAGGGGCUGGGAGAAGGGGGUUGUGUUCAUCAACGGCCAAAACCUUGGACGCUACUGGAACAUCGGGCCCCAGGAGACCCUCUACCUCCCAGGUGCCUGGUUGGACCAAGGCCUCAACCAGGUCAUUGUCUUCGAGGAGACGAUGGCGGGUCCGGUGAUACAGUUCACGGAAAUGCCCUACCUGGGCCGGCACAAGUACCUGAACUGA